UUGGUAAAGAGUGCCGAAAAAAGAUCCCAAGAUUUUGACGAUACUGUAGACCCCUCUGGAAACAACAAGGAGAUCAAGGAUGCUGCUGCCACAGGUCAAAAGGAUAAUUCCAAAAAGGCCUAUUAUAAAGAAUUCAGAAAGGUUUUAGAAAACGCUGAUGUUAUUUUGGAAGUCUUGGAUGCCCGUGAUCCUUUAGGUACACGUACGCGUAGUGUCGAGCGUAUGGUCAUGGAUAGUGGUCUCGAUAAAAAGAUUAUUCUCGUGUUGAACAAGAUUGAUUUGGUGCCUAAAGAAAAUGUGGAACAAUGGUUAAAGUAUUUACGUAACGAGUACCCCGCUAUUGCUUUCAAAGCAUCCACCCAAAGUCAACGUAACAAUCUCAGUCAAUCCACCGUCGCCACCGAUGCUGCCAGUACCAACAUGUUGAAUUCGGCCGAAUGUUUGGGUGCGGACACCUUGAUUCGUUUAUUAAAGAAUUACUGUCGAAACCUCAACAUCAAAACUUCCAUUACCGUUGGUAUUGUCGGUUACCCUAAUGUCGGUAAAUCUUCCGUCAUUAACUCCCUCAAACGAUCCAAGGUCUGCGGUGUUGGUUCCACACCCGGUUUCACUAAAGUAGCUCAACAAAUCACGUUGGAUAAAAAUAUCAAGUUGCUCGAUUGUCCUGGUAUCGUCUUUGCUCAACAAGGUCAAGAUGGUCAAAAUGAUGCAGAAAUCACCCUUAGAAAUUGUGUCAAGGUAGAAUUAUUAGAUGACCCAAUCACACCUGUCGAGGUCAUUGUCUCUAGAUGUACCACUGAACAACUCAUGAAAAUGUACAAUGUUUCCUACUUUAACAAUGCGCAUGAAUUUUUGGUCUUAUUGGCUCAACAACGUGGUAAACUCAAAAAGGGUGGUGUUGCUGAUACACAUCAAGUAGCGCGUCAUGUAUUAACUGAUUGGAACGGUGGAAAAAUUCCUUAUUAUACCAUGCCUCCCUCAUCCAAGCAAAGUCAUAUCGAUGCUUCCGUUGUCAAUACAUGGGGUAAAGAAUUGGAUCUGGAUUUGGAAUCCACUGAUAUCGUUUUAUCUGGUUUGAAAUCAAGCUCUGAUUUCACUUCCAGUGUCGUUAUGGUAAUUUUUGUAUAUUUGUAUGCUUUUACGAUAGGAAACUAA